UCCUUUGAAUUAAAGUGCAUGAUCCAGAACUUCCCAUGGUGGUAAGUGGAUCAUAAUCAAUUUUUAAUAGGCUUUUUUUCCCCUUUACUUUAAAUUACCUGAGGAUUCUUAACUCCAAUAGAAUGUAUUUACUUUUUCUUUUGUCUUCACAGAAUGGUACCAGUGAUGGCAGCAAAGCAGAACCAUAAAUGACAUACUGCUAUAAGAAAAGGAACACUCCUGACAUCGGACGAGGAAUCCUGUGCCAGUUCACACACAUAAAUCCCAAUUGGAGAGCAGGCAAGCAGAGCAGAGUGGGACUGAGUGAGCGGAGACACACCACAGCCACUCUACACAGAGCCAACACAGUAGAAGAGUUCGCAAGGAGACAAUAAGAGACAAAAAUACAGCUUUUUAAAAAAAAAAUAAAAAAAUUUGGGACAUCAAACUGAAAAAGAAAAAGGGAUUUGCCUUGCUUCACUCCCCCAGAGGAAAUUAUUAUAUUUACAAUAAAUAUAGACUUUUUUUGUAUUUUUGCAGAAAAAAAAGAAGGAAUAAUUAAAAGCCGGACUGGGAUGCCAGACAGAGGUUUUGGAGCAGGUAUGGCCAAGCUGACAGGACCGCCGCUCUGGAUGUGCAGCUUGAUGCUGGCUUGUGCCCUGCUGAUGGGCAGCGCUGGAGCCUGCCCUGCCUUGUGUACCUGCAGCGGCACCACGGUCGACUGCCACGGACUGGGGCUCAGGACCAUGCCGAGGAAUAUCCCACGCAACACUGAGAGAUUGGAACUGAAUGGCAACAAUCUCACACGCAUCACCAAGAGUGACUUUGCUGGGCUCAAAUACAUCAGAGUUCUGCAGCUGAUGGAGAAUCAGAUCGCUGUUAUCGAGCGUGGGGCUUUCGAUGACAUGAAGGAGCUUGAGCGACUGCGGCUGAAUCGUAAUCAACUGCAGCAGCUUCCUGAGUUGCUGUUUCAGAAGAACCCUGGCCUGUCUCGACUAGAUCUGAGCGAGAACUUCAUCCAGUCCAUCCCAAGAAAAUCUUUCAGAGGAGCAACAGACAUCAAGAAUCUUCAGCUGGAUAAAAACCACAUCGGCUGCAUCGAGGACGGCGCCUUCAGAGCUCUGAGAGGCUUGGAAGUGCUAACCCUGAACAACAACAACAUCAGCAGCAUCCCGGUUUCCAGCUUCAACCACAUGCCCAAACUGCGAACCUUCCGUCUCCACUCCAACAAUCUCAACUGUGACUGUCAUCUGGCCUGGUUGGCCCAGUGGCUCCGGCAGCGGCCCACCAUUGGUCUGUUCACCCAGUGCACGGCCCCGCCCGAGCUCAAAGGUCUCAAUGUGGCCGAGGUGCAGAAACACGAAUUCAGCUGCUCGGGUCACCAGGAUUCCUCCAGCCCGCAGCCGUGCAACACGGGCGGAGGCUCCUGUCCCGCCAUGUGCACCUGCAGCAACAACAUUGUGGACUGCAGGGGGAAAAGUCUGACGGACAUCCCCGCCAACCUGCCAGACAGCAUGGCCGAAAUACGUCUGGAGCAGAACGGGAUUAAAGCGGUUCCUCCCGGAGCCUUCUCGCCCUACAAGAAGCUGCGCAGGAUAGACCUGAGCAACAACCAGAUCUCGGAGAUAGCCCCCGACGCCUUCCAAGGCCUGCGCUCCCUCAACUCCCUCGUGCUGUAUGGAAAUAAGAUCACCGACUUGCCCAAGGGUGUCUUUGACGGCCUCUACGCCCUGCAACUGCUUUUGUUGAACGCCAACAAGAUCCACUGCGUCCGUGCCAACACCUUCCAGGACUUGCAGAACCUCUCGCUGCUGUCGCUGUACGACAACAAGAUCCAGACCCUGGCCAAGGGCACCUUCGCUUCACUGCGAGCCAUACAGACCCUUCACCUGGCCCAGAAUCCAUUUAUCUGCGACUGUAAUUUAAAAUGGCUGGCCGACUACCUGCGCUCCAACCCCAUCGAGACCAGCGGCGCCCGCUGUGCCAGCCCUCGGCGAUUGGCCAACAAACGGAUUGGACAGAUCAAGAGCAAGAAAUUCCGCUGCUCUGCCAAAGAGCAGUACUUCAUCCCAGGUGCCGAGGACGCCCGCCUGAACAACGCCUGUAACAGCGAUCCGGUGUGUCCUCCCAAGUGUCGCUGCGAGUCCAACGUGGUGGACUGCUCCAACCUGAAGCUCACCAAGAUCCCGGAGCACAUCCCAUCAUCCACCACUGAGCUGCGCCUCAACAACAAUGACAUCACCACCCUGGAGGCCACUGGAGCCUUCAAGAGUCUUGCCCAGCUCAAGAAAAUUAACCUCAGCAACAACAAAAUCACCGAGAUCGAAGACGGCGCUUUCGAGGGCGCCUCGUCGGUCAACGAGCUUCACCUCACGGCCAAUCAGAUGGACACGGUCCGGAGCGAGAUGUUCCGCGGCCUGGAGGGAUUGCGUAUGCUGAUGCUGAGGAACAACAAGAUCAGCUGCGUCCACAACGACAGCUUCACAGGUCUACACAACGUGCGUCUGCUGUCUCUCUACGACAACCAGCUGACCACCAUCACCCCUGGAGCCUUCGAUACUCUGCAGACCCUCUCCACCCUGAACCUUCUGGCCAACUCUUUCAACUGUGACUGCCGGCUGUCAUGGCUGGGAGACUGGCUGAGGAGCAGGAAGAUUGUUACCGGAAACCCUCGCUGCCAACGCCCUGCUUUCUUGAAGGAGAUCCCCCUGCAGGACGUGGCUCUGCCGGAUUUCCGCUGUGAGGAAGGCCAUGAGGAGUCGAGCUGCGUGCCCAGACCUCAGUGCCCCAGCGAGUGCACUUGCAUGGAGACGGUGGUGCGCUGCAGUAACAAGCACCUCCACGCGCUGCCCAAAGGAAUCCCCAGAAAUGUGACUGAACUGUAUCUGGAUGGGAACCAGUUCAGCGUGGUACCAAAGGAACUGUCCUCCUUCAAGUUUCUUCAGCUGGUGGAUCUAAGCAACAACAAGAUCAACUCUUUGACCAACUCUUCUUUUGCCAACAUGAGCCAGCUCACCACCUUAAUCCUGAGCUACAACUCUUUGCGCUGCAUUCCCAAGAUGGCCUUCAGUGGACUGCACUCCCUCCGCCUGCUGUCUCUCCAUGGCAACGAGAUCUCUGAGCUUCCUGAUGGCAUCUUUGGUGAUGUGGCCUCUCUUUCUCACUUAGCCAUCGGCGCCAACCCGCUGUACUGCGACUGCCGCCUGCGCUGGCUGUCGGACUGGGUGAAGACGGGCUACAAAGAGCCGGGCAUCGCCCGCUGUGCUGGUCCUCAGGGCCUGGAGGGCAAGCUGCUGCUCACCACACCCGCCAAGAAGUUUGAAUGCACAGGUGAGGUGGACACUGCCGUCCUGGCCAAGUGCAACCCUUGUCUGUCCGGCCCGUGUCAGAACCACGGCGCGUGCCGCGGCGACCCGGUGGACAUCUACACGUGCAGCUGUCCUGCAGGGUUCAAGGGGAAGAACUGCGAGACGGCCCUGAACGCCUGCGUCAGCGACCCCUGUGCCAACGGUGGUGCAUGCCGAGUGGAUGAGGAAGAGGAGGGAGAGUACAGCUGCGCGUGUCCCCUCGGCUUCGAGGGUCCCACCUGCCAAAGCAACAUGGACGACUGCGAAGACAACGACUGCGAGAACGGCGCCACCUGCAUGGACGGAGUCAACAACUACACCUGUUUUUGUCCUCCAUACUACACAGGGGAGAUGUGCGAAGAAAUGGAGGACGUUUGCGCCCCAGGAAGAAGUCCAUGCCAACAUCAGUCCACCUGCCUCAUCACCUCCUCGGGGCCCAAGUGUGUGUGCUCUCCUGGUUACGUUGGUGACGACUGCAGUGUGGACUACGACGACUGCCAGGAGCAUCGCUGUCAGAACGGAGCUCGGUGUGUGGACGAGUUGAACGGUUACACCUGUCAGUGUUCCCACGGUUACAAUGGUCAGCUGUGUGAGAUUGCACCAUCACUGCUGUCCUUGUGCGAGCUGGCCGACUGCCAGAACGGCGCCCCCUGCGUGGAGCGCGGCGGUCGCGCACUCUGCCAGUGUCCUCCUGAGUUUGGCGGUCCUCGCUGCGAGAAGCUGGUCAGCGUCAACUUUGUGGACCGAGACUCCUACUUGCUGCUUUCUGACCUGAAGAACUGGCCCCAGGCCAACAUCACCCUGCAGGUGUCCACAGCCGAGGACAAUGGCAUCCUCCUCUACAACGGAGACAACGACCACAUCGCAGUGGAGCUCUACCAGGGUCACGUGAAGGUCAGCUACGACCCGGGCAGCCAGCCGGGCCACGCCAUCUACAGCACCGAGACCAUCAACGACGGUCAGUUCCACACGGUGGAGCUGGUUACCUUCGACCAGAUGGUCAACCUGUCCAUCGACGGGGGUCUCCCCACCACCAUGGACAGCUUGGGGGCGGAGCGGCCCCUCAACGGCGAGGCUCCACUAUACGUGGGGGGCAUGCCAAUCGGAGUCCACUCCAGCGCCUUCCGCCUCUGGCAGAUCCAGAACAGCUCCAGUUUCCACGGCUGCAUCCAGAACUUGUACAUCAACAACGAGCUGCAGGACUUCACCAAGACCCAAAUGAAGCCCGGCGUGGUUCCGGGCUGCGAGCCCUGCAGGAAGAUCUACUGCGUUCACGGCAUCUGCCAGCCGGACGGACUGCAGGGCCCCGUGUGCCACUGCCAGCCCGGCUGGACGGGGCCGCAGUGCGACGAACCGGCGAGCAACCCGUGCCAGGGCAGCAAGUGUGUGCACGGACGCUGCAUCCCGCUGGACGCUCAGUCGUACCGCUGCGAGUGUAGCGAGGGUUACCGCGGGGCGCUUUGCAACCAGCAGGGGGAGCUCUUCAAUCCUUGCCGCCGCCUGGCGUGCAAACACGGCCGCUGCCAGAUCUCCGACACGGGAGACGCCUACUGUCACUGCGAGGGUGGUUACACCGGACUACUCUGUGACGCAGAGUCUGCGUGUCGAGGUGAGCCCACGCGCGACUUCUACCAGGUGCAGCGAGGCUACGCCAUCUGCCAGACGACGCGCAUGGUGUCCUGGGUGGAUUGCAGCGGCGUGUGCGAGGCGGGCGCCUGCUGCGCCAGCCAGCGGAUGAAACGCCGGAAAUACACCUUCGAGUGCAGCGACGGCACCUCCUUCAGCGAGGAGGUGGAAAAGACCAUCAAGUGCGGCUGCGUGGGCUGUGUGUAGCGCCGCCGCCGCGUGGACGCCGGAAGAGAGCUCGGGAAGAAGGGAAGACGGGAUGGAAUAGAGAGAUUCUACAGAAAAUAUAUAAAACCUCUAUCUAUAUAUGCUUGUAACAUAGGACCUACAAGUAUCACAACACCCUAAAAGGCUCCAGAGAUUUCCAAUUGAGUGAAGAGGCUUCACUCCUGUUCCUUUCCCCCCCGGUGUGUGGAGACACAGCGGCCACCUUUGAGGGCAGCGGAAGCCGCCUGGCUCGGUGACGGACGAGAGGGAGGGGGGCGAAACAAAGACGGACGCACAUAAAGAGAGCCGGAUGACGUCGGCCAAGGGAGAGAUGGAGGCUUUAAAGUCGUUGUUUUUUUUUUUUGUCAACCAUCCACUUUACUUUUUUGUUUUAAAGAAGAAGGCACAUAAUCAUAAGGAGUACGGAUGUGGCGACUUUUUACACACACACACACACACACACGCACGCACACACACUUGUAUAACAUUUAUACAGCAAGUCCUCAGCAUGAUUGGCGUACUACCGCCGCCCUCCAGCAGGGGGAGGCCCUCAUUGACGCCUGCAGUAUUAAAACAUGCGAGGAAGAAAACCUGCCAAUCAACACUUAAAAAAUCCUCUUUUAUCCUCUUUUAGUUCUCAUAUUGUUUUGUUUCUGUUUUAUUUGACUAUGUAACCCAACAAAUACUCCCCCGUUUAUAUAGAAAUGCCUAACAGAUUCUAAUAUAUAUAUAUAUUUGUAUUUCAGUUUUUUGGUAUAGUAUUUUUCUAUGUUAAUGAGUAAGUGUGUUUCUGGAAGGCGUUUUAUUUUCUUUGUUCGACAUUUUAAUGAGUAGAGAUAGGCCACACGCACACACACAUGUACACACACACACACACUCUCUUGUAUUUCUUAUCUUCUUGAGAUUUCCAAAAAAUGCCUACCUCUUUAGGACCACCCUUUCUAGAUAUAUAGAUACUUGUAUUUACAACAUUAAUAAUUAAAAGUUAAAGUACCAAUAAUUGUCACACUUUGGAGCUCCUAAAGGGACAUGGAGGAAAAACAUUUUUUAUAAUUUAUUUAUUUAUUUUUAAGACAUGUAUCUCGU